AUGCUGUGCCUAAUUCGAGGUGUAAUGGGACUGCAAAUUUUCGGCGUGGCAGACUUGUUAUUUUUCUCCACGUCGAUGGCUCCCGCCUGUGAAAUCAAGUUGGCAUGCCGGUUCUCCGUAUCCACUAAACCAAAAGUGGAAAUGGUGCCGCUGAGCACAGUCAGCCUCAUUCUCCACGACGCUAAGCGGCCGAAGCUCUUUCGGCCUGUAAGCUCCGACUACGCGUCCAGCAUCUCGCGCGAUCUGCUUCCUUAUCCUCACCCCUCCACCAUACGAGCGCACGCCGUCGCAGAUCAAGUUCAGAACGGAAGCGCCAUGGACUACGAUAUUAACAUGGACGAUGUAGCCGACGGCUUUGCACCUCCGACAGCGACGAUUGGCGACGGCACAAACAUCGCACAACCCGCCACAGCGCCGUCUCCCUCGAAUGAACGCGACCUCGAAGAUUCUACCAUAGUACGUAACAAGGUACACAUCCGAGGUCUGGACACAUUGACCACGGACGACAUCAAAAUCUACGUGAAGAGUCAUUUUGGUACUCCAGAGAGAGUUGAGUGGAUCGAUGACGAAUCCGCAAACCUGCUUUUUGGGUCGGAAAGUACGGCACAAGAGGCUCUGGCAGCAUUGAGCGCCAUUGAAAUUGCCGACGUAACUCAGUUGCCUCCUAAGGAGACGAUUCCAGCCAAGGCCGUCGCAUCCCACCCAGACGUCAAUCUUCAAAUUCGAUUUGCCGUUAUUUCCGACAAGAAGAUACGAGGUGCUGCUGAGCGAAGCCGGUUCUACCUUCUCCACCCCGAAUUUGACCCGGAGGAGAGAAGACGACGUGAGGGAAACAGAAACAGAUAUCGCAAUCGGGACGGAGAUGAUCGUCACCGCAAUGGCCGUGGAAGAAAUCAACGCGACCGAGACUCGAGCCCUGAGGUGUUCCAUGCGAGCAUGUAUGAUGACGAUGAGGACACACUGGCAGACCGAAGACCCGCACGUCACCCGAGAUCUCGCUCAAGAGAUUCGACGCCGCGUGACGAGCGAUCCUAUGCGUCUCGCAAUCAGGAAAAGGAGCUGUUCCCUGGGCGGUCAUCACGAGCAGGAAACCGGCAACGAAAUCGUUCCGCUUCACCUAUGCGGGAUCUGGAUGGUGACGCAGCCAUGGACGUUGAGGCAGCACGCGCGCCGAGGGCCAGCAACCGAAACAAUAGAGAAAGGGCAUCGGGCAUCAGGGAUCGUCUAGCUGAAGACAACAAAUCCAAGGAACUGUUUCCCAUAAAGGGCUCAUCGAUGGGCAAGACGCAUAUGGACAGGGUCAUGGACGGCGCGGACGAAGCCACGCGAAUCAUGCAGCAAAAGAUGAGCGUGAGCAACGACCGCCACGGCAGGAAGGACCUAUUCGAUCGGGACAGAGUCGAUAAUGCAGGUUCAAGUGCUGGAUUCUCCAUCAAGGGCGCGGCGGCCGCGAACGUCAAGGAGCUGUUCCCGAGCCGCUUUGGAGGUGGUGGCAAUACGGGAAAAGAGCUAUUCGCUGACAAGUUAGAGGGCCGUGGCCUUGGCAAGAUGAAGGAGACUAUCUUUACGACGAGUUUGGGAACACAGCCGACAGCGCACGCUCAACCGAUGUGUCCAGGCUGGGCAUUUUUCCAGAGGGAGUUGAAAGGAUUUUGGGAUAACCAUCCAACUAGAAUACUCUUACGGCUGGGUAGGGAGGCAAGAGCUGUGUCGGUAAACUUUCAGGCCACUGAGUACCCGUAUCAUGUAGCAGCUGAGGAAGGCACGCCUAGUCUGAUGUACUCGCCACUUCCAAUCGGUCGAACGCGCCUGACUUCGAUCCCUCGCCUGCCCUUGCUCGUUUCUUCCUCCUAUCCGCGUACAUGGCGAUAUCUCAUUCAAGCUUCACCUUCAUGUCCCACUCGCCCUUUACCUCAAUCAAUCACCCACGGUGAUUCCCGCACAGAAUCCGACCUCUCUCCUGCUCUUUCAUAUCAAUGUACGCGUCAAAAGGCCGUUGAAAAACAUCACCUUUUCUACGUCUCUUACGAUCGAUCUCAAAAUUCACCACUGGAAGACUCACAAGACUUCACCGCCACAAUCCAGUUGCCAACGGAUAUCUGCCAUCAGCCAGCCAACAUGGCGGACUUCUCAUGGACAAAACCGUUGCCUCCCCGACGAAGAAGAUCAGAGCUCACGCUGAGCAAUCCACCUCCGGAUGAAGAAGAAUCUGUUGCGCACCUCGGCGUUCCCUCUGUUCGAUCGCGCCAGUGGAAGCCCAUUCCCCGCAUUGCGAGUCUCGAUGUUCUGAGUGCAGCUAGAUUGGGCACAAGCAACAGCCCAAGCAUUAAAUCAGACGGCUCGCAGUCAUCCUGUCAUCGGCUGUCGCCAUCCCCGGCAGAGCCAACUGAGCCAGCCGAUACAGCCUGGUACCAAGAGCGAGACGAGACGGAACGUGCUCUCUCACUGGAGCAGAUGAUUAAUGCGUUACACUACACGAUGAUGACCAAGAAUGUCCUCGAUCCGGUUCCCAGAGAGUACAACUCCUACAUCUUGCACUUAUUAGAGGGUUACUGGGAUCUCCAGGAGCGGCUGAGGAAGACAGAGCAGGAGCUCGCAGAGGAGAAGGAGACAAAGUUGAAGAGCCUUGAAGAGUUCACCAAGAUGUCUGAGGAAUGGGAGUCGAAAGAGGCCGACUUCCGCGCUGAGAUCAAACGUAUGGAACUAGUUCUUGUCGAUGUAACUCCUGCAGGUGUUGGUGCAGUGGUUCUGGCGAGGUCUGGCAGUCUCGUCGACAGAAGCGCAAAAUCCUCGAGACUUUUCAAGGCCAGGGUCGAGAAGGCUAAAGAAAGUCCCCAGAAAGGUGAUGACAGCACCAGCAAAGUCGACAGCCUAGAUAACCCACGGAUCUCCAUGGGCUCUGGGAGUCCCCUCCUGAACCAUCGAACCUUCUUAGAUGACAAUGCCGAUGUUGAACUGAGCAAGGGUCUGAGAAAGGCCGAACGACGACAACAGCGGGCCUCGAGACGAAGGAAGAAGGAGGCCCUCUUUCCGUCGUUCAACAUAGCAUGGGAUAGCUCAUCGGAAGAAGAAGCAAAUAAAUCAACAUCGAUUCAGAAGACAACCAGGUUACCUGGCUUGGAGUCUAUGAAGCCUCAACCAUUACGACGAGCGGCACCAUCCGCGCAGAUCGCCACUCCAGAAUCGUCCGCAAAGAAAACCGCCGUUCCUGGAACCUGUGAGCAUGCCGAUACACAUUACCGGCCUGACGACGCACCACAUACCGGCGUAGAAUUGGCCGAAAACGGAUCGGCCGCAACGGGCAUGCCGAAGCAGGAGCGGCCGCCAGGUACCGACCCGGAUGUCAUGACGGCUACGACUGGCCGAAGAACCUCAGGGACCCGCCGCCAUAUGAGAGACUUCUCCUUCGACGCCGGAGAAGAUAGCGUUCAGCUGCAGGCCCUGUCUGGAAAAGCUGGUAUUCCUUACGGAAACGAUGUUUCCGUGGGCCGGCCAGCGGCUUUCCCUCCUCAGCGCCCCCGUUCGUCAGAUAAAGUAGCUCCAAUGGCAUCAUUUACUGCAGGACCUUCCAACCAGCAGGACCAAACACUUCACAGCCAUGCACAGGAGUCGCUGGACAAAGACGAAGGCAAUACCCUCGAAACACGCUCUGGGGUUGAGCAAAUCGGCGCAGAAGGUGGCAGACAGGCCACGAGACCUAGUCUCCUGGAUAGACGGCGAAGCUCCCGCUCACACAAGUCGUCCAUGGCUAUCCUAACGGACGGAAGUACCACACACGCAAACCAAGCACACAUGGCAGCAAGGGAGGCCUUGAAGCGGUUGGGCAACGAGGAACAGGAUCAAGGCCGGUCCCAGCAGAAUGUACUUGCUCCAGGAGUUACGGUAGACUACGCUUGCUGCGGUUUCAGGGUCAUGUCAACAUAUCUCUCUCUCCUUUCCUCCCUCCUUGCGUCGCCUGGCUGGAACAUCGUCACUCCAUUCCAGAUCGAGCCAUCGUGUGGACAUGACGUGUUCCAUCGGAUGCUUGGUGAGCUUACGCCCCCCAUCAUCGGACUCCUCGAUCCUUACUCGCGCUUGCAUGAAGCCGUUUCUGUCGCUCCAAACUUGGCUUGGGAAAAGGGAAAAUGGAUAUGCCACGGUUCCGGAGAGAAGCUCGCGAAGCGAAAGGGGAGAAUUAAACCAACCCCUGGAACAGAUCAUCAGGCGAGGCCGUGGAAGAGAGAGGAUACGACUGCGGGCCGUGUGCAACGGGCCGAACGCGGAUGGAUGUGUACAAGCUCACGGCUCGAGUACGAGGUGAUUUCAUAUGUGACCAGAAUAACGACUAACAGCCUGGUAAUGAGUAGGCAUCGAGACAAACUUCUCGCCAACCCAGAUCAACUAGUGAAAGGCGUCAGAACCCAACGAAGCCAUAAACAGUCGGGAGAGCGGGGGCUUCUUCACGCCCCCCUCGGCGGACGGAGAAAAGCCAGCGGAACGCUACUACCAAAAAAGCUCCCGCUAGUGCCCAGGCUUUGCCAGCGGAAGACCGAGUGGCAGAGAGAGAGAGAGAGCGAGGGAGAUGCUGCAAACAAACUUGCACCGAUGCGGUCACUUGCUCCGGAGGCCCGCCUUUCCAAGCUGAAGCCAUUCUGCGCGCACCACGGAGAUGGCAAGAAGGGAAAACGAAAACGGUCUUGUAACCUUGAACGCCGGCGGUUGAUUAGCGAAGGCGUUUCGUUACCAGAUUCCUGGGUCAUUCUGUUGGGUUUUCCUAGUACAAUCCUAUGUCGUGUCAUUCGACGACUCGACCGUUGCGGUUCCAAGCCUCCGGCGUCCGCAUCCUUCUGGGUGCAUAUUGUAUUGCGCGGCGGCUUGACGGGCCCGGGGAUGACCGCGUCCAGGGGUCGUGAAUCGCCAUUUUAUUCGCGCAACGAGACUCUUGAACACAUCGCCAGAGUGGCCUCGAAUAGCGUCUGGCUGAGACAUCACUGGGAGAGGGAGAAAAGCUUCCACUCCUUUCCCCGCCUCGACUUGACUGUUGAACGAGAGCUGAUGUCAACCACGGAUUGCAACUACAUCCCGAGAUCUUCAUCAUCAUCAGCCGCAUCAUCAUCACUUAAUGAGGACCAGGGAAGAAGAGAGCAGAGACAUCACGACGCGAACCAGGAUGGCAUGGUCGCCGUGGAAAGCGUUCUCUGUCCAACCCAAAAAUCUGAAGCAGGGAGUCAUAACUGUUGUAGACUUCAAGCCAUUCUUCUUUGCUUCUCGCGCAUUGGCUGCCAUACAGCCGCCGUGUAUGGCACAAUCAGAGGGACACCGUUUGCGUCCUCUGAAUAUGCGAGCGGGCCAAGUGAAGACAAGAACCUCGCGCGGCGGGUGAAGUAUAACGUUCUCCCGCGGCACCGUGGCACCUCAGGAGGACCCUGUGGACUGAUGGGUGCUAAUGGAGGCGUUAAGGGCGGCCCCGCGAGUCGCCGCACCGAGAACAAUGGCAUUGUCUACCUACCUAUUUUGGUUGACUCCAAGAUCCCUCUUCUGAAGGAGGUUAUCCUCGUCCUCAUCAUCCUCAACAUUCGAUGUCGUCUGUUUUCCAGUCUCUCAAGCCCCAACGGUUCGUUGGACCUCUUGAACCGGCUCCCUGAUAUUUUGCCCCGUUCCCUUCAGACGCAUAGUUCAGUUUACUUCAAUUCUGUCUCGUCGCAUAACAAGGAGACCGUCUUUGGCGACGAACGAUACCGCGAAGUAAAGAGUGCGACGCUUGUGAGGUGUUGGCGCACUAAUGGCCUAGACACGAGCUGCGGCCGACGCGUACCAUCGUCUGGUGGCAUCGUGUAG